AUGCUGCGGCGGACUCGUCAGUGGCUGCUUCUUAAUGUCUCCGGUGAGAGUCCGUCCUUUCGCGCAAAACCAGUGCGCAACCUGCAGAUGGAUGUUCAAAUGAGCCCAUACAAGGAGCAGUUCAAGGAAUACUGGGCCACGCCGGUGCCGUGGGCGGAUCGCGAGUACGGUGAGAAACCAAAGUUGGGCUCACCAAUCCCCACACGACGCGCGGCAACAGCUAUCGUUGUAGGGAAGAACAAACACGUGGAUGGUGCCAAAGUCGAGAGUGGUGAGGACAACGACUACAAGGUGUUAAUGAUGUAUCGUGAGGGGAAAAGUCGUUUCGUGCGGGAUCAGUUUAUUUUUCCCUCAUUCCCCGUUAGCCUGGAGGACAGCUCGGAGGACUGGGACAAGAUCUUGCGCCGGCGCGAAGUGAAGACGCAGUGGCCGGACAAGCAUCACCGCCUCUGCGCUAUUCGUGCGCUCUUUGCGCAGAUGAAUAUUCUGUUGGUUCCCAAAGAAGGCGGUGGGCUCGCAGAAGUGGAGGGGCCGCCGGGACCGAAGAAGUGGCACCUCCUCGUCCACUCGAACCCAAAGGCGAUGAAGAAUCUCGUGGAUGUUCUAGAGCUUCCUAUGGAGACGUGUCUGUCGCAAUUACUGCCCUUUCGCAACAUCAUCACCCCGACAACGGAGACGUUUCGCUUUGACAAUCUUAUCUAUCUAAUUCCAUUCGAAAAGUUGCCUGAUGUGCGCUUCACGAUCAGUACUGUUGGGGAGAAGCUUGUGUGGGUGUCACCUAUGGAGGCAAUGGCCCGCUUUAAUGCCGGUAUCAUGAACAUGCCUACGCCGAACAUCAUUGCGUUGUCAGAGCUGAACAACGAAUGCCCCACCUUUGCAGAUGUGGCGAAAAAAAAGCCGCGCGACGCCCCCCGCGCCGUUCUCCCAGAGCUGUUCCACCAUAGCCAAACGAAAGGUGCUACUGUUCUCCUUCCGGGUGACCUUCAGCACCCCACCACGACGGAGGAGGAUAAAAUGCAGCAGUACGUCCGCCGCUUUGUGUAUGAAAAGGACUAUCCUUUCGGUGUCCGCGCGGUGUUUGAGGAGAGGCCUGCCACACCUGAGGAGGUCACGGAGCCGCUGCAACAGGAUGCCCCGAGGCUGCUGGAGGAGGCGAACGAGAUGGACAUGGUGUACGCCGACAUCCCGUACCCAAAGCGCGAGAAGCGACCGGAAGAGAUUGGCCGCACCCGCUUCCCAGUUCCCAGCUACACAUUCCAGGAGGGUGCGGAGAACGAGGAGGGUGUCAUACCGGUGAAAAAAGGGAAUAUUGAGAGUGUAGGUGACCUCUACUCGCAAACAAAUUGA